AUGACGACCGUUGAAGAAGUAUUCAACCAAGCUGCUGAAGACUUGAAAAAGAUCAAAGCAAACCCAAGCCAAGAGGAACUGUUACAGCUUUAUGGGCUCUGCAAACAGGCCACAGAAGGUGACAACACUACACCUAAGCCAGGAUUCUUCAAUUUGCAGAAAAAAUCUAAGUGGCUCGCAUGGGAUCAGGUCAAGGGAAUGUCACAGGAAGAUGCCAGGGAGGUAUAUAUUAAGCUGGUUAAUGAGUUGAAGGCAAAGUAUGGAUAUUAG